AAUGAGUGAUCCAACUGAAUCAUAGUAGAAAUAAAAUAAUGAUGUAAUAUACUGCAAACAUCAUCCUGAAGAAUAGGUAACUAGAGUAUGCAAUAAUCCAGAAUGUAAUAAAGAUGGAUUUAUUUGUUCUAAGUGUGUUCAUGAAGGAGCUCAUGAAGGUCACCCAUCCUUUGGAUAUGCUAAGUUAAAGGCAGCUCUGAUAAAAUUUGUUAGUAUAAAUAUUAUUUUGAAUAUUAGAUUCAUCAAGAACGCAAUAAGAUCUAACCAAGGAAGGAUAAUUAAGUUAUGCUAGAAUGUAGAACUAUUUAGAAGAGACAUCAUAAAGUAUUUAUAAAUAAGCCUAAAAAUUAAAUAAACUAAGUCAAUUCAUGGAAAAUUUGAAUGAAACUCUUUUAAGUUUAUAAGAGAUUGGAGAAGAGGUAGAUAUUGCAUAUACAAUACUUUAUAAUAUGGAUAAGAAAGAAUCAGGAGUAGAUGUUAGUACAUUAAAUGAUUACUUAAAUUAAUUCAGAUUAUUGAUGGAUAUCAAUUUAGAUUCAUAAAAUCAUGAAGUAUCUAUUAAGCCAUCAAGUAUUUCACAAUUAAGAAUUAAGAAUAUUUUAGAUAAAAAAGCUGAUUUUACAUCAUUAUUAAGAAAAACUGUAGAAGAACAUGAACAACAUUUUUAAAAAUUCUUGAAAGAAAUGGGAGAUUUACUUAAAGAGAAUAAACAAUUUUUAGUACCAAAGGCAAAUGAAACAGAAGAGAAUAGAAAUGCUGAAUUUGGAAAGAGAGCUCUUUAUAAUUCUUAUUAUAAAUAAGAUACAGAAAAAACUGAAAAAAGUAAAAAGAAAAUAAAAGGGUAAGUUAAAGGCAAAGUAAAACAUGAAGAUGAUGAAGAAAUGAGUAUGGGUAGAGAAUAUUAAAUAGGAGCUGUUGAAAAAUGUGGUAUUCCAAAGUUAGAUUAAGGAUAACCACCAUAAGGAAUAAAAAAACAGAUGUUUAAAUUAUGUAAUUAUCUAAUAUUUUACAAUACUUUAAUGUGUGAUUCAAUAUUGCCAGAACCUAUAUUAAGAGGAGUACCUUUGAAGAAAAUGUAAUAAGGAGAAUUGAAAUUUCCAAUCAGAUGUGCUUUUUGUAGAUUAUUAAAAAUUAGAUCAUUUGUGCAAUUUUAUUUUAGAUUUGAUUUGGUAUCAAGAUUUGGAAAGCUUUGUUUAUUUAAAGAUAAAGAAGGUAGAGAAAUAUGUUCUCAUGAAAUGUGUUUAUUAUGGUCUAAUAGAGUUUAAGUUGAUUACAACACUAUGUUAGUGGAUAUUGCUACUUUGAUUUAAGCAGUCUAAUUUGCAUAAGCUUAAAUGUGUAGAUAUUGUGGAUCUAUUGGAGCAUCACUUAAAUGCAAUAAAGCUGAAUGUCAUGUUCAUUAUCAUUUUAAUUGUCUUAAAUAAGUUAGAUUAAUGGGAUUAUAAUUAGAUCAUGAAUAGAAAUUCAGAUUCUUUUGUGAAGAUCAUGUUAGACAUAAUUAUUAAGGAUAAUCUGAUUGGUUCAUUACUAGAAUUAGAAUGAAACAUAUUAUUUAAUAAGGAGGAUAACCAGCAUUUACCAAAAAGAAUCCUUAAAUUGAUUGGUCUACUAGAGAUUCUGGUCUAAACAAUGAUAGUGACAUGGAAGAAUAAUAAUUNGAAUAUUUUAGAUAAAAAAGCUGAUUUUACAUCAUUAUUAAGAAAAACUGUAGAAGAACAUGAACAACAUUUUUAAAAAUUCUUGAAAGAAAUGGGAGAUUUACUUAAAGAGAAUAAACAAUUUUUAGUACCAAAGGCAAAUGAAACAGAAGAGAAUAGAAAUGCUGAAUUUGGAAAGAGAGCUCUUUAUAAUUCUUAUUAUAAAUAAGAUACAGAAAAAACUGAAAAAAGUAAAAAGAAAAUAAAAGGGUAAGUUAAAGGCAAAGUAAAACAUGAAGAUGAUGAAGAAAUGAGUAUGGGUAGAGAAUAUUAAAUAGGAGCUGUUGAAAAAUGUGGUAUUCCAAAGUUAGAUUAAGGAUAACCACCAUAAGGAAUAAAAAAACAGAUGUUUAAAUUAUGUAAUUAUCUAAUAUUUUACAAUACUUUAAUGUGUGAUUCAAUAUUGCCAGAACCUAUAUUAAGAGGAGUACCUUUGAAGAAAAUGUAAUAAGGAGAAUUGAAAUUUCCAAUAAGAUGUGCUUUUUGUAGAUUAUUAAAAAUUAGAUCAUUUGUGCAAUUUUAUUUUAGAUUUGAUUUGGUAUCAAGAUUUGGAAAACUUUGUUUAUUUAAAGAUAAAGAAGGUAGAGAAAUAUGUUCUCAUGAAAUGUGUUUAUUAUGGUCUAAUAGAGUUUAAGUUGAUUACAACACUAUGUUAGUGGAUAUUGCUACUUUGAUUUAAGCAGUCUAAUUUGCAUAAGCUUAAAUGUGUAGAUAUUGUGGAUCUAUUGGAGCAUCACUUAAAUGCAAUAAAGCUGAAUGUCAUGUUCAUUAUCAUUUUAAUUGUCUUAAAUAAGUUAGAUUAAUGGGAUUAUAAUUAGAUCAUGAAUAGAAAUUCAGAUUCUUUUGUGAAGAUCAUGUUAGACAUAAUUAUUAAGGAUAAUCUGAUUGGUUCAUUACUAGAAUUAGAAUGAAACAUAUUAUUUAAUAAGGAGGAUAACCAGCAUUUACCAAAAAGAAUCCUUAAAUUGAUUGGUCUACUAGAGAUUCUGGUCUUAACAAUGAUAGUGACAUGGAAGAAUAACAAUUUAAUAAAAAGCAUAGAUAUUGA